AUGAUUCGAGUUAACCCUGAAUUAAAGAAAAAAUUUCUAACAUUUGAAGAAGGAAAAAUAUUAGUUGUAAGUACAUUAAAAAGAGGUAGAGCACUAGAAAUACUAAAUAAAAUAAUUAAUGAAAAAUAUAUACUGAGAAAAGUGUUUUAUUAUUUAAAAAUACAUAACCAAUCGAAGCUUGUGAAAUCAAAUGAUUUCUCAAUUAGUAUAUGCAUUAUAGAAAAAACAAUUAAAUCAAAAUUAGGCAAAAUAUUCAAUGAACUAUAUAAUAAAUCUAAAUAUUCAAUGUAUUUUAGGGGGAAAACUUAUAAGAAUUUUAAAGAUCUUCAGAAAAUAUAUGGAAUAUUUAAAUUAGAGAAUAUACUAAAAUCAUAUGUAAAUAAAUUAUUACUUAUUUUUUUUUCGAGAGGAUUUACUUUUAGAGACGCAUACUUUUCAAAAUCAAAUGAAAAUGAAAUAAGAGAGAGAUUAAAUAAUUUUAGAUCGUUUAAAAAAAACAAUAUUUCUGUAUAUAAUAAUGAUAAUUACAAAAUUAAAAAAAGUAAUACAUAUUAUUCAUAUACUCAUAAUGAUUUAGAAGAAAAAAUAUCAUAUAAUAAUCUUAAUUUAAAUCAAAAAGUUUUUGACUUUUUACUUGAUAAUAAUAUAAAAAAUGAAAAAAAAGAAAAAAAAUAUUCAUUAUCAAACAUGUAUAGCUUAAAUCCGUUAAAACCUCAUUAUUACGAAGAGCUCCCUUCUAUUAAAAUGUCUCAUUUCGAUUUAUUUAUUGAAAAAAAUUAUCAGAAUGACAAUGAAAAAAUUUUACGUUAUAUAGAAUAUCUUUUAAUGAGAAAAGACGAAUAUAAUUAUAAUGGAUUCAUCAAAAAAAAUAUUAUAAAAAGAAUUUUUUUAGAAUUGGAUUUUUUGCUAAAUGAAUAA